UCUGUCAUUUCGCAGAGGGGCGGGGCAGGAAGUUUUGGUUCUUCUUGGGUGAUCAUUUCGUCCAGAUUUCGCACUAAUGAGAUAAGGUUUUGGCUGUUUUUCAGUAUUUUUGCAACUACACUCGGACUCGAGAAAGAUGUCUCACCAAACGGGCAUUAAAGCAAACAACGAGUUGCUGCAAUUCUUCGGCAAAUGCCGGGACGGAAAAGUGAGGGUCUUCAAAGUCUCGAUUGAAAAUGAGGAGCUUAUUUUGGCGGAGCAUAAAAACAGCAAAGGAACCUGGGAGCAAGAUUUCGACUUGUGUGUACCACGAAUGGUCCAGGAAAAGCAACCGUGCUAUUUGCUUUAUAGGCUUGAUACCAAAACCGGCUCCAAUUUUGAUUGGGUCCUGAUAAGCUGGUCACCAGAGGAUUCGCCUGUGAGGCAGAAAAUGCUGUAUGCCUCAACAAAGGCAACCCUUAAACAGGAAUUCGGUAGCAGUCAAAUCACCGAAGAGUUGUUUGGGACGUCAAAAGAAGACGUCACUCUGCAGGGUUUCAAGAACCAUAGAAUCACAAGCAAGGCUCCUGCACCCCUGACAUUCAGGGAGGAGGAGCUGAUGGAGUUGAAGAGGAACGAAAGCACAUCCACGGAAGGAGUCGAUGCCCGCCAACAGACGUUGCAGUCAGUGGCAUUCCCAGUGUCGGUCGGGGCAAAAAAUGCUAUAGUCCAUUUCGCAGAUGGAAAAUACAACUACCUCCGGCUGAGAAUUGAUCUUGAAAAGGAAGAGAUUCACUUAGAUGACACCAACACAAUAACUGUGCCCCAGCUUCCAAAACAAGUACCUACAGAUGCCGCUAGGUAUCACAUUUUCAACUUCAAACACACUCAUGAGGGAGACUUUAUGGAGAGUUUUGUAUUCAUUUACUCCAUGCCGGGCUACAAUUGUUCAAUCAAAGAGCGCAUGUUGUAUUCAAGCUGCAAAGCACCUCUCCUUAAUGUCAUCGAAAAUGGACUGAAUGUAGCAAUAGCCAAAAAGCUGGAGAUUGACAGUGGCGACGAACUGACUGAAGAGUUCCUCCUCGAGGAACUUCAUCCCAAGAAGAAUUUGCACCGGCCCCAAUUUGAAAAGCCAAAGGGUCCUCCCAACCGUGGUGCCAAGCGGAUCACAAGACCAGUCCAGGGAGACCAGUGAUCGGUGUCCAGCUGCAGCAGUGUAGCCACCCAGCCUCGACAUCAUAUUUUUUACUUUUUUAAUUUGAAGUUCAUAAAACUGUAUUAGUGGUUAUAAAAAACAAAUAGUUCUUGCCUAAUCAUCUACGCAUAUUAAUGAGCAUUAAAAAAAUGUUAAUCGUUUAA